GGCUGUCUGUGAUUGACGUUGACGAGGAAAACAGGAACUGUCCGCGGAAGAAGCGAUGUGUUGGCAUUUCGGAAAAAUUUAGAUCAAAGUACAAUAAAAAGGGUGAAAUCGGUCGUCCUGCGGGUUCACGUAAAGCAGCCGUGCAUUUCGUAACGCAGAAAAACGUCUUCUUAGCGACGCGUCCACACAGUGUUGAGGAAGGAGGAUGGGGAAGAAAGAUGCCAGUGCGACCAAAUUACCAGUUGAUCAAUACAGAAAGCAGAUUGGCAAGCAAGACUACAAAAAGACAAAGUCGGUUUUGAAGGCAACACGGCUGAAAGCUGAAGCAAAGAAGAACUCGUCUGGAUUCAGGGAUGCGUUCCUGGUCGUCGCCGCGAUCCUGUUCUUCGUGCUCUGUGUUUAUGCCUUCUUCUACCUUAACCUGAGCACGGAGAUUAACCUGGACGUGGACGUGGAUUAAUAAGAGGUGGACAGUAUGCCAAAUACUGCACAUGAGCCAAAUGGUUAACUCAAGCUACCCCUCCCCGCCCCACCCAACCACCACCACCACCACCACACACACACAGAAAAGACACAAGCCAUCACACAUUAAUGUUUCAGGGGUUUUUUUAUGAUGGUUUUUUUUUUUUGGAAUUGAUUAGAUGUCGAUCAUUGUUUUCUGGGAUGAAUCUGUACAAUCUAAAGUGAGGUCUUUAAAAGAAAGUGACCUCUUGCUUAACAUUUUGCUGCAAAAUCUACUUUGUGUAAAUAAAGUUAGCAUCCUUUUACACAAGCAAUCCGAGCUACAGUGGAGACUAAUCUUCGUUUAGUCAUAUUCAGCAGAGUCACGUCCCACUGUUUUCCCCACUGAUAGAAAAAUGUAAAUCUCCUGCUGAAGCUCUUGUCACAUUGAGACAAACAUUCGCCUCACAUUCCAGUGCACCAACCUCUCCUCCCAGAUAUCUGGAGAUCACAAAGUGUGAGAUUAGAAUCCACAAAGCCCUUGUCCUGAUUGAACAUGUGUGCAGAAUACAGAAUAACACGUUGCCUGACAUACAUGCAGCAGAGAGACUGACAUCCUCAGGGUAAGCAUAUAAAUAUGAUUUGGUUCAUCAGUUUGAAUGUAAAAUGUGGAGAUAAUUGAUGGCUGACGAGAUGUGAGCCUGCCUUUUUUUCCCUUACAAAAAACACUCAUUUCAUUCCAUCUUGUGUGUAUUGUGUUCUGUCGAAUGUGAUAUGUCUCUAUAGAAAGGAAUAUGAAGGACUGUCAGUGUUUCUUUUUUUUUCUACUGCUUCACUCUUUGUGCCUGAGGGCCAGCACGGUGCAAUCACUUCAGUUUAACUGUUUCCACUUUUUGAGAGAUCGUUUGUUGGCAAAAGUACAGUCAGUAGCUUUUAUUAUGUUCAUAUACAUUUUUUUUUUUUUUUGUGUGUGUGUG